CUAAGCAUCAAGUUAAGUGAUUCUCUCUUUCUGUGAUUCCUGACUUUUUCUCUCACACCAAAGAGCAAUGGGUUCUGGACAGCUCCACGUAGAUGUUGAGUUCAAGUCCCCUGCAGACAAGUUCUGGGGAUGCAUUAGGGACUCCACCACUGUCUUCCCCAAGGCCUUCCCUCAUGACUACAAGAGCAUUGAAGUGCUUGAAGGGGAUGGGAAGGCGCCAGGAUCUGUAAGACUCAUAACAUAUUCUGAAGGUUCUCCGAUUGUCAAAGUAUCCAAAGAGAAGAUUGAUGCUGUAAAUGAUGCAGAGAGGUGGGUGGCAUACAGUGUCAUUGAUGGGGAUCUGCUGAAAUUCUACAAGGUUUUCAAGGGGAAGAUCCAUGUGAUUCCCAAGGGAGAAGGGGGGACAGUGAAAUGGUCCUGUGAGUUUGAGAGGGCAAGUGAAGAGAUUCCUGAUCCAAACGUCAUCAAGGAAUUUGCAGUGAAGAACUUCAAGGAGUUAGAUGACUUUGUUCUCAAGGCUUAGAAACGGAGGGCACUUGCAGGUUUAGUAAAUAACGUAGGACAUCCUGCCCUACAAUGAAUUCCUAGUGUUCUCUUUCUUGAAACUUUAUUUAUCUAUUAAGGGAAGCUAAAGUGUAACAAAAAGGAAGAAAAACGGUUUGGUAUAGCUUUCAUGUUAAUCUAUCUGCUACAUUGGCUAAAAACAAAAAAAUUAUAUCUAAAUUU